AUGGCGAUCGAGAUAGCAGCGAUGGAUGCCGACGCAAGGUCCACAACAAAGAGGGUCUCUUACGUUCUUCCUCCCUGUCUCUCUCCUCCGACGACGUUCGGCCUUCCGCCAUUGGGCGCCGAUCGUAACUACAACACGGGUCCACUUCUCAUCCCACCUUCGCGCACACAUUCUUCUACCAAUCGCUCCAACAACCACACCUCUGCUGCAUCUUCCUCCUCCUCCUCGUCCAUCGCGUCUUUGUCCGCUGCGUCUGCAUCUACCAAUUCCACGCAGUCUAACGCUCCGCUCUCUUCUCAUCCUCAGCACUCGCUCGCCGUCUCGUCCCUCGCCAUAGACACAACAACCUGCCUUGCUAACUCAGCAGAUGACGAUGACAACGAUCGCGAUGAUAUCGACCGUCACUACGACAGCGAUUUGAAUCACUCAGUCAACGACCGUGAGACCGUUCCUCCAGGCAUCCUCUACACGGGUGGUCGCGACGGUCUUGUUGGUGCUUGGGAGCUAGGUCUGCCCAUGCGCAAGAGAAGCGCACAGCGCCUUGAAGGCCAUGAUGGCUCCUCUUCGGCCUGGUCAGACGUCCACCAAGACGAAUCUGGGAUCGGCCUGCUUGCAGAUACGUCCGCUUUUUUCGCCGGCACCGACACCUAUUGGCAAGCCGACCCGUUCCGAGCCCAUCGCGCCAGGCCGACACGAUUCCGCCAAUGCGUGCAAUCACACACGGACUGGAUCAACGACAUCAUUCUCUGCAACCAGAACCAGACCCUCAUCUCGGCGUCCUCCGACCGUACCGUCAAGGUCUGGAAUCCUCACGACCCUCACCACAGCCUUAGCCCGCACGUCCUUGGCACUCACAAGGACUACGUCAAGGCGCUCGCACAUGCCUCGGAAUCCGGCUAUGUAGCCAGCGGUGGCUUUGACAAGUGCAUCAAGCUAUGGGACAUUCGUGAGGCGAGAGCAGCACCCAUGCUCGAGCUCGAUGACAAAGCCGUCAAAACGUCGGUCUACGCGCUCAGCGUCAACCCGAGCGGCUCUGUCAUCGCUGUCGGCUCGCCCGAACAGCACGUCAAGGUCUGGGAUCCACGCAGCGGCAAGAAAUGUGCAGAACUGGUCGGUCAUACAGACAAUGUCCGCGCCGUCCUCGUCAGCGAAGAUGGCCGUUUCCUCUUGUCCGGCUCUGCUGAUUCCACCGUACGGCUCUGGUCGCUCGGUGAACAGCGAUGUUUGCACACGUUCACGCAUCAUGACGACUCAGUGUGGUCGCUGUUCUCAGACCAUCCUACGCUCGACGUCUUUUACUCGGGAGACCGCCAGGGCUACGUCUGCAAGGUCGACUGGGAGCGCUGCGCCGAAGUCAGCGAGGGCGAGUGUGUGGUUCUAUGCCAAGAGCGAGAUCCCACGCUGGAUGACGACGGACCUGAACAAGACGACGAGAUGCCACACCAUCCCCCCGACUUGCACAGGCGCGAUGCCAAGUGCGGCAUUCAAAAGAUUGUCGCGCUCGACGAUACCUACUUCUGGACGGCGACGGGACAGACCAGCGUUAACCGCUGGCGAGACGUGCCGCGUCGAUCUGAGCGCGAAGCCAUCUAUCCCAUUGGUGGCUUGCAUGCGCGAUCGCGCGAGCUUCAUCAUCGCAACUCGUUUGGUAGCCCUAGUCUGACUCGACACAGCACUGACGUAGGUCGCUCGCCCGACUCCGCACAUGCUUUGCACCCAACAUCGGUGACCUUCGCCGAGCCAGCGCCGGGAUCAUUCCGUCGCAACUCGUCUGCGCUUAGUCACGGGAGUGCCACUGCAGCUGCUGCUACUUCGGGCUCUUCUGCCACCACACUUUCGGCCUUGCAGACCGGCAUGGACCUUCCGCCGACGGACGUCCCGCUUGCCGCUACGCUCCAUGGCAUCCCUUUUGACAGCCUCGUCAGUCUUGAUCCCGUCAGCGAUCCGUACGGCGAUAAGAUUGGGCUCGGCAGCGUCAGCGUUCGUGAUCCACGUGGCCAUGCGGACGACUCCUUGUUCAGCGCAGCUCCUCUGCGCUCCUUUGCCAGUCGCAUGUCGAUGGACCAGUCGAGCAUCAUGAUCCCCGCUGCAGCCACGAAGUCGCCCCUUGUGACACCCAUCAAUCCUCACUUGGCUCAUAUUCAGGCGAUGGACUCGCCCCACCGUCCGGCCAGCACACGGUCUGCCAGCCUCCGCUUUGCCCCUACGGAUCAGCUGUACGAGCCAGAAGGUCUUUCCAAGUCGUGGGAGAGCGAUUCUGACGCUGAAGCUGCCACUCCCAAUAGGCAGAUGGCCGAGAGCGGGCAUGUCGGUGCUGACGGGACUACCGACGAAGAUACGCACGAGGACGACGAAGACGAUCGAGCUUACCAGGCUCGGCUAGCGUUCGAGGACCGCGAGCUGGCACAGGAGGCUACGCCGUUGCGGCACAAGCCCGAUGCGGUGAUUCGAGGCUCGCACGGUCUGAUCCGCUCGUCGAUGCUCAAUGACCGUCGCCACGUCAUCACCAUCGACAGUACCGGCGCGGUCAUGUUGUGGGACAUUGUCAAAGGCAUUUGCAUCGGCGAUUUUGACCGUGACGAGGUGGAAAAGGCUGCGCUCGAGUCCGACCUGAUUCCAUACACCUUCAUGCGCAAAUGGCGGCCCGAGCAGACACCCGGCGACACGCUCGAGGUGGUCAAGGAGCGCAUCGAGGGACAAGGCGUCACACCGCUCUGGUGUUCGGCAGAGACGAGGAGUGGCGCUCUCACGGUUCACAUUGAAGAGCCUCGCUGCUUCGAAGCCGAGUUUUACAUUGACGAGUUUGCCGACUGCGUCGAUCCUACCAAUUUCAAAGAGGAUCAGCGUGGCCAGGUCGCGCGCUGGCUGCUGCGUAAUCUGUUCUCCGGCUUCGUGAAAGCAGAGAGCGAAUUGCGGCAUGCUUCGAUUGAUGAAAACGGAUCUCGCCUGCCGCCAGAGACGCCGGCCUGGGACAAGAUCGCACGUGCGCAGAGGAACGGUCCUUUUACACCUGGAAUGACUAUGGGCUUGGCGACUCCGGCCAAGACGGCUGCGUUGACGUCGCACGCUUCCAACCCGCUCUACUUGGGCUCGGCACAGAAGACUGGCGGCACCGAUCAUAGUGGUGAACGCACAGCUCUGCCUACAUCGUCCACAUUGACGGGAGAUGCCGGGCAGGCUUCCGGCGACUACUUCUCAGUCCAAGGUUCAACGCCUGCAAGCAAAGUGCGGCCGCAGACACCGGGAGCAAGGACGAGGGAAGCGUCUACGGUGGGAGGAGACGAAAUCAAUGGCAACGCUGUGACGCCCGGCGUGGGUACGGGCAAUGUCGCGGGGGGUGGAAGUGGGUUCAUGAACAAGUUCCGAUUCGGCAAGAACAAGACGGACAAGGCGGACGCUCAGGCGGAUUCAUUCGACGAGGCUGCAAAAAAGACACGCGAAGCUGCUGCUGCUGCAAACACGGCAGACGACCUCGACGGGUCACGCAAAGCGCUCACGCACACACAGAUGCUGGACGAGCUGUUCGGUAAGCCGCUUGCGCCCGCUUCAUCCAACGAGAUGCCGAAGCUGCCUCUGCCGCAGGAUACAGCCGUGAUCAUUUCGCAAUCGUCUGCAGACGCGGGCUCAUGGGAGGCUGUCUAUCGUGGACUGGUCAGCUGCACGGGCGACGAUACCGAGGUGCUCGAGCAGACGGCGCCUAUGUGGCUGCUCGACUGUCUGCUCAACAAUCAUGUGGUCUCGAGGGAACCAGUUAAGCUCAGCUUCACCUUGUCGCCCUGGAAGCCGGCGGAGACACACUCGGACGGGUUCGGUGGGUACGAUUUGAACACUGUGCAACCCAUGCCGGAGCUGCCGACGGGCAACGCGCGGUUGACAGCGACGCGGUGUCUGCGGGUCAAGAAGGCGUGCUUGUACGUGGCGGAGAAGCUGGAGCUUUCGCCACCGCGGUCCAGGACGGCGAGCAUCAAUGCUAGUCGCAGGUCGUCGGUUGAUACGGGUGGCGCUAACGGAGUUGUUGGGGCGAAGCGGGCGUCUGGCGUGCCACAGCAUCAUGUGACGGCGGGGAUCGCGGCGGGGUUGAGCAUGACGCGCGCUGACUCGCCGACUGGGCACGAUCAGGAGGGCUACGAUGGUGCGGAGGAGGUACACGUGGCACCGCAGGACAUGAUCGAGAUCCUGUGCAACGACGUGGUGCUGCCGCUGAGCGUGACGCUGGCCCAGUGUCAGAGGUUCUUUUGGAGGUCUGGUGGGGAUAUCAGGUUGGAGUAUCGGAUGAAGAAGCUGGCUUGA